AUGAUGGACCGCUCUAUCAAUACAGAAAAUUUUGGAGUUGAAAGUUCAAUUUCUAGUAAUGAAGAUGACACUUCUAUCUCUAUUAUGACAUCAUCAUUGUCAAGUAGUGAUGCUAUAAUAGAUGAGAUUUAUGAUGUCAUAGAACCAGCAACUAGAGAGAUUUUAAAGAGGAAACCGAAGCCGGUUUUACCUAUUCACCCUUGUUUGAGAGACUCGUCUAUCCCAACAAUAGAAUGGUUAGUUCGUCUUGUAGUGAUUCGCAUGCGAUAUCGCCCUCUAGCGUUUGCUUUUCACCAAUGGAAACUGCUGAUUCAUACUAAGAAAUGGGAACAAGAAAUGCUGGCUCAUAUGAAGGAGCGCACCAGAUUUUUAAAUAUUAAACAGUAUUUGAGGCAAUGGAAAACCAACUAUAAAAAGGCUACAUCAUCCAGGAAUCAUUAUAGACAAAAUCUAGAACAACGUUGCUUUCAUGAAUGGCUACAAUGGACAAUGACUAAGAGAGCAAGACAAAGAAUGAAGACAGAAGCAGACCGCAUCUAUUCUUCCAAAGUAUUGAGAUCUGCAAUGAACACAUGGAAUGGGAAAUGGCAGCAUAGAUUGGCACUGCUUGAAAUUCUCAAAUAUUGGCAAACCAGAACAAAACAACACAAUUCACCUCGGAUGAAAGAUGAAAGAACUCAACAUAGAUUGAACUCUGAGUUAUUGUCUAAUUGUUUUGAAAGAUGGAGACUGAAAUACAGGCAACUUGCUUUGUCCGAUCAACACAGAAGAAAGACUUUAUUAGGAGGGAUUUUAACUGCAUGGAGCAACUGUGCAUCCGAGAGAGCUGAAGUUUCUAUGAGAAUAUCUGAUAUGAGGUCUUACCAUCUAAAAAGAAGAAUUUUCAUUGCGUGGAAAAAACACACCUCCUUAAUGAAACAAGUGGAAUUGAUUCGAAAGCGAUCUCUUCGGAACUGGAUUUCAUCAUUAUUGGAUAGAUGGCACCAAUAUGCUACAGCAAAGCAUCACCACGAUUCUGCACUUGAUAAAAUUUCAAAUCUAAGCCAGUCAAGAGCGGUCCAAACCUGUUUAGACCGGUGGAGACUGGAAUUUACUAAAACAAAACUAGCUGAUAUGAUGAACAGGAGAUCUUUGAUGAAAAAAGCCAUCCAUGAGUGGCAUGAUGUCACAAUAGCAUGGGCAGCUGAUAGACAAAGAAUUGAAACCAUGAGAAGAACUGUUGCAACUAAUCAGAAACGUACUGCAUUGACCAACUGGAGGAAUGAGUUGGCAUUGAAAGCAAAAGUUGAUUCAGCAAGAGAACAAAGAUAUUCAAACCUACUGUGGAGAUCAUGGUGUCUAUGGAGAGAAAGAGUAGCUUUGAAAAGAGCAUCUCAUACGUACAUGUUGUUUCUGAAAAGAAGAACAUUCAAUUCUUGGAAGAAGUUUCUGCAACAGAAAAGAAAUUCGGAUGAAAAAGCAAGAACAGUUUUAUUGAAAUGGCACGAAAUGGUUGUGCGGAGUCAGAAUCUGUUAUGCAUGGCUGAUCAGUUUCAAAUGAAAUCCUGUAAUUUCACGGUUGAAUUCACAUUCAAUACAUGGUUGAUCGCACACAGCCAGAAUAAGAUUGCCAAGCUGCACUACAAGAACAAGAUCUUGAGGAAGAGUUUUGCUGCAAUUCUUUCUCGAACAAAACGUAAAAAAUCACUCAAGAGAAUGCAGAUGAAUUUUGUGAGGCAGAGAACAAAAGAACUGUUUGCUUUUUCAUGGCACAAUUAUUUUGAAUCUUUGAUAAAUGGUCUCUUGUGUCUCAACGCCACCUCUCAAAAAUCGAAGUUAAUUCAAGAUUCUGCGAUUCAGAUUCUCACAACAUGGUGGACUUGUAGUUCAACACUUAGGAAUGAGAGAAGAGUUGUUUCUGAUUUAGAGGAAUCAAGAAAUAAAAUUCUGACAAUAACGACGUUUAUGGUCUGGCUGAAAAGUUAUAAAAACAACAAAAUCGCUUGUAAAUUUGCGGAAAAUAAAAUGAAAAAGAAGGCGUUUAACAGUCUUAAGAUAUGGAAGACAGAAAGCAUCAGACUGAAGAAAUGUUAUAGCCAAGCAGUUCAGAUAGUGGAGACAUUGAUGUUGAAGUUUUACUUCACUCAAUGGAAAUCCAUGUUCCGCAAAGUCAGAAUGCUCGAAGUUACUUGUGACCGCAUGAUGGAGGUAAAGAGCAACAAAAUGUUGAAAUCAUCUUGGAAGAAAUGGUUCAAAGCUAAAGAAAAUAGAGAUUUACAAAAAAGGCAUGAACGAGAUUCAGCUUUCGAUGUGAUUACAAAAUGGAGAAGAUAUGCAGCAGACCGUGUAGAGAAACAACGAAUCAGAGAAGAGAGAAACGUCAUGGUUGGAAGAUUCGAACAAAAGUGGAUUUGGAAACGGUCCUUUUCCAAAUGGAAAGGAAAAUAUCAGGUGAACCAAUUUUCAAGGAACAAUAAGCAAAAUCUUAUGGAAAGAUGUUGGCAAAGCUGGUCAAGUAAAACAGCCAUGAUCAUCUGUGCUGUGGAAAUGGACUAUCACUGGACAUUGAGAAAGUACUGGCAUUGGUGGAGACUUGAGCAUGUGACCAAAAAUUCAACCAAUGAGGCGACAGAACAAAUGAACCAUGACAUGAAAAAGACAAUAUUUGAACUGUGGAGAGCCUACACUUACAAGAAACUGACAGGUCGUCGUUACUGUUCUCCUGAAUCAUUGAAACCUGAGGCAUUGACACCCAGAAAACGAAGUAGGAUCCCGGUGUUGAAGAAAUAA